UGUUCUCAGGUGGUGACAAGAGAGAACUGUCCUGACUCCACUCUCCAGAAUGUUCACUGGAUUGAGAUCCUUACUCCUUUGGAUCAGUUUAUUUUCCCUCUUCUUUUCCUCCCACCUUGCUCCCAUGGUUGAUUGGCAGACUCUUUGACUUCUACCUGCCCUCUUUCAUCCUCUCUUCUGGCAACAGUGUCCAACACUGAAUUCUAGUGUUCCUGCCUAUAAGGUCAACCUGGAUGCUCUGUCAUGGCCAGCCAAAGUUUUCCCACCAACCUACAGCAGGAAGUGACCUGCCAUAUCUGCCUGGAGAUUCUACAAGACCCUGUCACCAUCUGCUGUGGGCACAGCUUCUGCCACAGUUGCAUCACUCAGCUUAAGGAAGCUUUCAAGGGUUCCUUCAAAUGUCCUCUCUGCAAAAGUUGCAUGAAUAAAGACACAUUCUCACCCAACUGGCUAUUAGGAAUCUGGUGGAAAGAAUUCAAGCUAUGGAUCCCUCUGGGAUUUGCCUAGAAGAAGCAAAGCUGAGAUGUUCAAAGCAUGGAGAGAAGUUGCACUACUACUGUAAGUCAAAUGGGGAACUUCUCUGUGUGAUAUGUCAGGAUUCCAAGGAACACAGAUUCCAUAACACCAGCCUGAUAGAAGAAGCUGCCAAGCAUCAUCAGGAGCAGAUCCAGAAGCAUGUGGAGGUCUUGGAGCAAAAGGAGAAGGUACUGGUGCACACGAGGACUCAAGGUGGAGAGAAGAUCUAUAACUUCAUGGCCCAGGUGGAGUCUGAGAAGCAACGGAUCCACAAGGAAUUCAAGAAUUUUUACCAGGUAAUGGAAAAAGAGGAGAGCAUCCUCCUGUCAAGCACUGAACAUCUGGAUAAGGAAAUCACCAAGCAGUAUGAAUACUACUAUGAUGUCACCCAAGAGCAGCUCAGCUCACUGCAAAAUCUCAAGGAUUCCCUGAAGGCCAAGCAGCAGAUGCCACCCAGACAGCUGCUGCAGGACAUCAAAGGCACCUUGCAAAGGACUGAAGAGAUUCUGAUUCAGUUUCACAGUCAAUCCCCAAUUCCUCAGGACCUGGAGAAACAACUCGAUGAGUUAAAAUCCAGACAUGACACUGUCAUCGAGAAUCUGAGGAAGUUUGAAGCCUUUGGUUCUCUGCCCCAAGACCAGCUCCACGCUGACAGGAAAAAACACCAAGGCAAAAUCCUUCAAGACAAGAGUACAACCCACAGGCAGAGCCGUGACCCAACAGCUGAAAAGGGAUACUCAACUCUGCACCCCACAGCUCAAUUCACACCCCGACGGGAGGGUGUUAGGUCCCAGAAAACAGACUCCGGUUUAGAGCUGCCACUUAGUGGAGCACUGAAAAACUCUGCAGGUGCCAAAACAGGGGGCAAGCAGAGUUCCAGUGAUCCGGAAACAGAAGAUGAGGAGAGUUCCAGCGAGUCAGAAACAGAGGACGAGGAGAGUUCCAACGAGUCAGAAACAGAGGACGAGAAGAGUUACAGUGACCCGGAAACAGGGGACGGGGCAAGUUCGAGUGGCACAACAACAUGGAACCAGGGGAGUUCCAGUGCCCAGGACAGUUCCAUGGAGCUCCAGCAAGUGCUGACUCCUGUGAUCUUCGAUGCAGCCUCUGCCCAUCCUGCCCUCAGCCUUUCCCAGGAUCUGAAAACAGUGAAAGCAGAGAAGAUCCAUCAGAACUCUUCAGAUGAUCCAGUGGAGCCACAGCGCUUCUACCCAUUCUACUGUGUGCUGGGAUCCCCAGGAUUCUCCACUGGCCGCCACAGCUGGGAGGUGGAGCUCAUUCGGUCCAGGGGCCAGACCUGUUAUGUGGGCGUGACCUGGGAGCAGGCCCCUAGACGUGGCAAACUGACCUUGGAACCCGCAAACGGCUUCUGGGUGCUGUGCAUCACCAAGUCCAAGUGCCAGGCGCUAACUGAUGGAAACACCUGGAAGGACCUCCAGUUCUGCCCCAGGAGAGUGUGUGUCUAUGUGGAUCUCGAGGGUAAGGAGGUUAGCUUCUACGAUGCGGCCACCAACAAACGAAUCUACACUUUUCAGGCCUCCUUCCCUGGAAAAAUCUUCCCAUUCUUCAGGCUGCUGUUCUCAGGCAUCCAGAUCACCCUGAACCCCUAGCCGUGCUACUUGGUCAUCCUCUGCAAUGCCUUGGUACCACCCCAUCACUGGGGGUAGGGUUGACAUCAACCUCCUGGGAGACCCGGGUGUGAUAUCUAUGAUCCCACUAUAUAUAUAUUUUUGUAAGUUUAAAUAUUUUUAUUGGAAAGGCAAAAUUUACAGAGAGAAAAGAGACAGGAUCUUUAUCUGCUAGCUCACUGGCUAAAAGCCAAUCCAAAGCCAGGAGCCAGGAACCAGGAAUGUCUUGGUCUCACACUCCAGUGCAGGAUCCCAAGGACUUGGGCCGUUGUCAACUACUUUCCCAGGUCACAAGCAGGGAGCUUGAUUGGAAUUGGAGCAGCCGGGACAUGAACCAGAGCCUGUAUGAAAUGACAGCACUUAUACCCAGAGGAUCAGCCAAUUGAGGCAUCCUGCUGGUUCCAGUGACCCCACUAUAGAUGUGCUCCCAGCUCCCCCUCUGAUCCUGGUCUCCCAACCCUGGUACACUUUUCCCAGCUCUAGGCUCUCUCUCUGGGCCUCCCUUGUUUUCACCAAGAUCAUCCUAAGUGUGGAAGUGCGCCUCUGAAUCAGUUCAUCAGAUGGCAGAGGAUCCCAGAACCCAUUAUAAACUCAGCAGACUGGGAGUGCUAGCAGGAAGCAGACUUCCUUGCUGAAAAAGCAUGGCUGGGAAUGAGCAGUGUCUCCCUGUGCCACCUUUCUUAUUAGUUGGAUAAUAUGAUUACCCAUUCAUAUUCCCUUCUUCAGUUAAUUGGUUUGAUUGUUAGAAUCCAUUCCUGAAAAACAUGUUUACUCCUUUGCUACUACAGCAAAUGUUACUUCAUUUCCAUGUUGGCUAUCUUUAGAGGGUCUUUCUAUGGUUUCCUAGGUAACCUGCCAAAUACUUUAUAUCCUGGUGAGUUCAAUAAAGUGUGCAUUGCUUCACUUGC